UCUGCCAGUCUGCAGUUCAACAUGUUGCCUGAGCGAUGCUGCGCUCCACAGUGGAAGCCAUCCUGCCGGUGUAUCGGCCGUGCACCACAGCCAGAGAGUCAGUUGUCCAUCUGAAGGACCUGUGUGAGGAGGAGCACGACCCUCACAAACCCCAACCACUAUACGACAGAGAGGAACACAACACUAGCUCCAUGUGGAGGGAGGCCAUCCGUAAGAGGAGCUACUUGCUUGAGAGAAGCUCUAAGACUGGAGGAAAUGUAAAAGGAGGAGGAGGAGGAGGUGUGAGUGGCCGAAGACAGAGGUCCCCAGACUGGCUGUAUGACUCGUACCAUCGUAUGAGCCAGCAGCACCCACUUAUUGUUUUUCUGCUCCUCAUUGUGAUGGGUGCCUGCCUAGCUCUGUUGGCUGUUUUCUUCGCCUCUGGGCUGGAUAUCGAGGAUCACGUCGCCUUUGUAAUCACUGUCCCCACUGCGCUGGCUAUUUUCCUCACCAUCUUUGUUCUGGUCUGUAUCGAGUCCGUCUUCAAGAAGCUGCUCCGUGUUUUCUCCUUGGUGAUCUGGGGCUGUCUGGUUGCCAUGGGCUACCUCUUUAUGUUUUUUGGAGGAAUCAUCUGUCCCUGGGAUCAGGUGUCUUUCUUCUUGUUCAUCAUCUUUGUGGUAUACACCAUGCUUCCCUUUUCCAUGAGGGAUGCCAUCAUAGCCAGCGUGCUCACUGCAUCCUCUCAUACUGUUGUCCUCAGUGUCUGCCUUUCCUCUACAGUCAGUCAUGUGGAGCCCCUGGUAUGGCAGAUUCUGGCAAAUAUCAUCAUUUUCAUAUGUGGGAACGUGGCAGGAGCAUACCAUAAACACCUGAUGGAGCUGGCUCUGAAGCAGACAUAUCAAGACACCUGCAACUGUAUAAAAUCCCCCAUCAAAUUAGAGUUUGAAAAGCGUCAACAGGAGCGUCUGUUGCUUUCUCUGCUUCCUGCUCACAUUGCUCGAGUGAUGAAAGCUGAAAUCAUACAGAGACUUCAAGGGCCAAAGUUUGGUCAAGUGGAAAACACUAACAACUUCCAUAAUUUAUAUGUACAACGUCACACCAAUGUCAGUAUUUUGUAUGCUGAUAUUGUUGGAUUUACCCGCUUGGCCAGCGAUUGCUCACCAGGAGAGCUGGUUCAUAUGUUGAAUGAACUAUUUGGCAAGUUUGAUCAGAUCGCCAAGGAGAAUGAAUGUAUGAGAAUAAAAAUUCUAGGCGACUGUUAUUACUGUGUAUCUGGCCUUCCGGAGUCCUUGCCAAAUCAUGCCAAAAAUUGUGUCAAGAUGGGACUUGACAUGUGCGAAGCUAUCAAGAAAGUCCGAGAUGCCACAGGAGUGGAAAUUAGCAUGCGAGUUGGUGUUCACUCUGGCAACGUUCUCUGUGGUGUAAUUGGCCUCCAAAAAUGGCAGUAUGAUGUCUGGUCACAUGAUGUGACUUUAGCCAAUCACAUGGAAGCAGGUGGUGUACCAGGACGAGUCCACAUCACCUCAGAGACUCUUGAACACCUAAACGGAGCAUACAAGGUUGAAGAUGGAGAUGGUCAGGAACGUGAUCCCUAUCUAAAAGAACAUGGAGUUGUAACCUACUUAGUGAUCAACCCAAAGGUAGAGAGAAAGAGUCCUCAGCACUACUACAGAACGAGACACACCAUGUACGGGGCUAAAAUGAGGGCUUCAGUGAGGAUGACCAGAUACCUGGAGUCCUGGGGUGCAGCCAAGCCUUUUGCCAACCUUCACCAUCGAGACAGCAUGACCAAUGAAAAUGGAAAGAUUAACACCGCUGAUGUGCCCAUAGGCCAGUGCCAUUUUCAAAGACGUUCAGAAAGAACAAAAUCUCAGAAGAAGCGAUUUGAGGAAGAGCUGAAUGAGAGGAUGAUUAGAACAUUCGAUGGGAUCAAUUCUCAAAAACAAUGGCUGAAAUCAGAAGACAUUCAAAGAAUAUCUUUGUUUUUCCAUAAUAAAGCAUUGGAAAAAGAGUAUAGAGCAACAACCCUGCCGGCCUUCAAAUAUUACAUCACCUGUGCCUGCUUGAUAUUCUUCUGCAUUUUCAUCGUUCAGAUCCUGGUCCUGCCGAAAACUGCAAUAUUGGGAGUGUCUUUUGGCAUGGCCUUCUUAAUUCUAUCAGUGAUUCUGCUCGUUUGCUUUAUUGGUCAUUUCUUGCAAUGCAAAAAGACGGCCUCUGCAUCUUGGCUUUGGAUCCUUAGAUCCUCAGGAAUCAUUGCCAGCAAGCCCUGGCCACGCAUCACCCUCACCAUGGCGACCACAGCCCUCAUCCUGAUCAUGGCUGUCUUCAAUAUGUUCUUUAUAGAAGACAACCUAACAUCAAUGGAGACUGUUUAUAAUACAUCAAAUGAGACACUUCUUCAGCCUGACGGACAACCCAUAUCUUACCUGGACAAGAACGCAUUCUACCUUCCUUAUUUUAUCUACAGUUGCAUUCUGGGCUUGAUCUCCUGCUCUGUGUUUCUGAGGAUCAACUAUGAGCUGAAGAUGCUCAUCAUGCUAACAGCUGUGGUGCUCUACAGUGUCAUUAUACUUCAGACACACGCAUCGCUAUUGGACGAGUACAGUAAAUUCCUCUACAAAGCAGAAGUCAUUGAAAGGCCAGGAGUUCUGAAAGACUUGAAAACAAUGGGCUCCGUUUCUCUCUUUAUAUUCUUCAUCACCCUGCUUGUUCUAGCCAGACAGGUUGGACUUCCUGUGGAAGAACAAGUUCAAGAAGGAAUGUGAGGAAAUAGAAACCAUGGAAAAUCUAAAUCGGGUUCUGCUGGAGAACGUUCUGCCUGCCCAUGUAGCCGAGCACUUCCUGGCCAGAAACUG